AGGUUUGCACAUCGGUCGGACAGUUGGUAAGUCGUAUUUACAUGCUAUGUACUUGUAGUAAACACUUUUGUACAAGUAUUUAUUCCCAUUUUUUGUAAAAGUGGAAUAGUGAUUUGAUUCAGCACUCACUGUAGUCGUCACUCUCACGCGGACUUCCAAAGGUUCAUUUCACAUCAACCAUUUCAUUCAUUCAAUCCCCCAAAAUUAAUAAUAUCUCUUCUUGUCCUUUACCUAUAUUGCCUACAUCCAUCUCCACACUUUUUUUGCUUCGAUCUUCCUCCAUUGUGAUACAAUCCCACCUGAAAUUCAUCCCUCUGGUUUGCUGAUUUUGUGGACAAUCAUCAAUCUCUCUGCUGUACCAUGCAAAUAAUCUUCGGUGUUUGAUAGCAGGCAUGAAUACUACUACUAGUACUACUAGUCAAAUACUUCCUUUUCAUUGUUAAAGCUCUGUUUUGGUUUCUGAAGUCUGAACUGAACUCUGAUUUUGGGAUUCGCAGCAACAUAUCAAAAUAUCUCUACUUUUUUUUGUCACAUAAUCUUUUCCUCACACCCUUUUCUUACAGUUUUCCUUCGCCACUUCUCAUUUCUCCAAAGCCCAAAAGCCAAAAAACAGGUUUGAGCCAUGGUUCACAACCAAACAGUCAACUUUCUUACCACCACAUAAGAACAAAAGCCACUUUAGGAACAAGAACCACAAUUUUGAUCCUAAAAUUUCAGUCUGCUAGUUCACUAUUUUUUCCAAAAAAAUCACAUCUUUGAUCCCAAUAAUUAAUCAUCCCUGCUCUUUUUCCUUUUCUGUUUAAUCCCAUUUCAAAAGGGUCUCUAAAUUCAACCUGUGUUUCAGUUGAAUUUGAACAAAGAUCGCAUCUUUAUUGCGAUUUUUAUCUUGUUCUUGCAUAAGAUGCAAGACCCAUCAAUAUAUUCACAGAUCAAACCGCAAUUCCCUGACCAAGAACACUUGAAAUGUCCGAGAUGUGACUCUGCAAACACCAAAUUUUGCUACUACAACAACUACAACUUAUCUCAGCCCCGUCACUUCUGCAAGAACUGCCGGAGAUACUGGACCAAAGGCGGCGCUCUAAGAAACAUCCCCGUCGGCGGCGGCUCCAGGAAGAAUAAUAAACGCAGCUCAUCUUCCACCAAACGCUCCUCUGCCGCCUCCUCGUCGGCUGCCUCAGCGACGCCGUCUUCUUCCACAUCCUCGCCGGCCGUUUCCGCCGCCCCCACGUCAUCAUCGCCGUCCCCCGCCACCACCCCUCAGCCAGCUCCGAAGACCGAGCCAUACGGAACUUCCUUACAGCCGGCUUUUGAUCAGGACCGGCGGACGAUGAUGAUUGAUACGGCGAAUGGGAGUUACGGCUCGCUUUUGUCCACGAGUGAGGGUCAAUACGGUAAUUUCUUACAGGGGCUGAAUCCGAACGGGUCUAAUUUGCAGUUAUAUGGGUUUGGAGAGCACGACUUGAAUCGGGGUGCUGGACCGGGUACUACGGUCUCGGAUUCGGGUCAACAUGGUGAACCCGGGAAUGGGAAUCAUAACUCUGAAGAUUUGUUUCUGAAUGGUCAGAAUAACGGAGAUUCUGGAUGUUGGAAUGGUACAAAUGGUUGGCCUGAUCUUGCAAUUUUCACUCCGAGUUCGGAUUUCCGAUAAAUACAAAAUGUGUUCCCGGGAAUUAAAGGAAUUUACACAUUUUGAUGGUGACUUUGUGGAAGCAUAUUAGAGGGUAUGUACUAUUUACUUCACUCUUGCCUAAUUUAGCAGUAUUUCUAAUUAUGGUAAUUGCAAGCAUAGGGAUUACGAAUUUAUGAUUGCAAUAUAACACAUUUCGAGUAUGUAUGUAUGGAUAUGUAUGGAUGGUUGGCAUAAUAAUAAUCUAUAAAUGCCUUAGUUCAGAAAAGAAUGAGGCAAAAAAAUACCAAUGUUUUUAAUAUGGUCAUUUGUCAUUCUAUAGUGUAACCAAAUUGGCCCUUUUGCGGAGAAUCCCUAUAACUAUAUUAUUUCUAUGUGCUUAUGGUUUGAACUUCCAUGUGCUCUUUAUAAAAGGGGACUUCCAUGUUGUAGACCAAUUUUUUUUUUCUCUAAUAAGAUUGGAUUUGGCAUCUCAAACUUUUGAUUUUGUUACGAAUAUUGGUUUUCGAGGGCCAUUUUUGUUGUAUAACAUCGGCAAUUUAACGUUCAGCGAAUAAAAUUUUGCGGUGCCCAUCCGCAAAUGAUAGUGAGUUCAUUGCCAUUUUAGUGUCAUAUUUCAGUAUUUCAGUCUUACCCAUUAACUGCGUUGACACUUGACAUAAGUUAGAAGAGUCACUAAUUUAACUCAGCUCGCUUGUUUUUGCAUUUGGGGAAUGG